AUGAAUGGGUCAUUUGGAAUUGGUGCCAAUCCUUAUUAUCAAGUAUAUGGAUCCGGAGGUGGUGGUGGUUAUUAUGGUGGAGGUGCAGGAAAUGUUGUUCUAAGUUGCGUUGGAUCUGGAUCUGGCGGAUCUUCUUUUAUAUCAGGUUAUAAAAACUGUAAUGCUAUCGCAAAAGAAUAUACCUUAAACAAUCCAAUUCAUCCAGGAAAACCCUACCAUUACUCUGGUUUUGUGUUCUCAACCCCUACUAUGAAAGAUGGUGUUGAAACUAAAUAUAUAGGUAAUGGUCAGGCUCGUAUUACCAUAAUUGAUAACUAUUUUGAUUUUAAAAUUAGUUGUAUGUUAUUUUACUCAAUGCGUCAGAAUACUUUAUAUUUUUAUAUCUUUUUAAUUAUUGAUAGUUAA